CUCACUUUCCCUUCCCAAUACCAACCUCCCUCUCAAAAAACAAACAACCUUAGUCUCUACGAGCAGCGGUCCAUUGUUCCGACAACCACCCAAUGGCCGCUGUUCGCUUCCACAACCACCUCCUUCUCCUCUUCUUCCACCUCUUCUUCACUCUCUCUUCUUCAACCGAAACCCAAUCCCUCCUCCGUCUCAAGCAGUCCCUUGUCAACGGCGAUCGCUCUCUCUCCUCAUGGAUCCCCAACGUAUCGCCUUGCUCUGGCACUUGGCUAGGCGUUGUUUGCUUCAACGGAGUCAUCACGGGCCUGCAUCUCUCCGACUUGGACCUCUCGGGACCAAUCGACGUCGACGCCCUGGCGGAGAUUCGCGGCCUCAGAACUCUCAGCUUCAUCAACAACUCCUUCUCGGGACCAAUCCCGGCGUUCAACAAACUGGGCUCAAUCAAGUCCCUCCUUUUAACCCAAAACGAUUUCUCCGGACCAAUCCCAAACGACUUUUUCGCCCCGUUGAACUCCCUCAAGAAACUCUGGCUCUCCGGCAACCGCUUCAACGGCACCAUCCCCCAAUCCCUAACCCAGCUCGACCUCCUCAAAGAACUCCACCUCGAGUACAACUCCUUCUCGGGCUUGAUCCCUAACUUCAGCCAACGGCUAAAAUCGCUGGACCUCUCCUUCAACAAACUCGAAGGGCCCAUUCCCGAGAGUCUGGCGACGUUCACCGUGGACUCGUUCGUAGGAAACGAAGGUCUGUGCGGUAGGCCGUUGGUGAAGACGUGCGAGGUUUCCGACACGUCGUACUCGAUGGCGAGCAGCGUGGGAGAGGAGGAGUACGGGAGCGGGUGGGGGAGGAAGGUGAUCGUGGUGCUGGUGGUGGCGUCGGUGGCGGCGUUGUUAUUUCUGCUUUUGACGCGGAAGCGGCGGGUGGAGUUCACGGCGGUGAGCAGGAACAGCAACGCGGAGGAGGCUGUGGAGGUGCAGGUGGCGAGCGUGAGGGGGAGCGUGGGCGAGAGGAGGGAGAACAAGAGGGGGGACAUAGUGAUGGUGAACGAGAUGAGGGGGGUGUUUGGGCUGCAGGACAUGAUGAAGGCGGCAGCGGAGGUGCUGGGGAACGGUGGGCUGGGAUCGGCGUACAAGGCGGCGAUGACGAACGGACUGUGCGUGGUGGUGAAGAGGAUGAGGGAGGUGAAUAAGAUAGGGAAGGAGGUGUUCGACGCCGAGAUGAGGCAGUUCGGCAGGAUACGACACCGUAACAUCAUCACUCCCCUGGCUUACCACUACAGGAGGGAGGAGAAGCUCCUGAUCACCGAGUACAUGCCGAAAGGAAGCUUGUUCUAUGUAUUGCAUGGUGAUAGAGGUCUAUCACAUUCUGAAUUGACAUGGCCAAUUCGUUUGAGGAUUGUGAAGGGAAUAGCAAGAGGGUUGGGAUUUCUGUACACUGAAUUUUCCACAUACGAUUUGCCUCAUGGGAACCUUAAAUCUUGCAAUGUUCUACUAAGUGAUGAGUAUGAGCCUCUUUUGAGUGACUAUGCAUUUCACCCACUGGUGAACCCGAAUGUUGCAGUGCAGGCAUUGUUUGCCUUCAAAACCCCAGACUAUGUGCAAAACCAAAAAGUUUCACAGAAGACAGAUGUUUACUGCCUCGGAAUCAUCAUUCUUGAAGUUAUCACUGGGAAGUUCCCUGCCCAGUAUCACAGCAAUGGGAAGGGUGGUACUGAUGUUGUGCAAUGGGCUCAUUCUGCUGUUUCCGAAGGAAUGGAAGUAGAGUUGAUCGAUCCAGAGUUGUCAUCAAACGACACAAAUUCACGCAAUCAGAUGCUAAAACUUCUCCGUAUUGGUGUUGCUUGCACUGAAAAUAACUCUGAUGAAAGACCAAAGAUGAAGGAAGCUAUUAGAAGGAUAGAGGAGGUACAGGUUUAAAGAUAUGCAUGCCAAUAACCUAGCUUAGUUCAACUUUCUUUUUUAGAUGAC